AUGAUCCUUAACUUAGUAACACCUGAUGAGCUUGAGGAACAUUGUUAUUGGGGCAAUGAGGUUAAGCUCUAUGAGCACCAUGUAGACGCCCUAUUUGUCAUGUUCUGGCGCAAAAAACCAAACAUCAAGUACUAUGUAUGCACCAUCAUACAAGACAUUUGCCAAGCCAGUAUUUUCAGGUCCACUACACCAAAGAGAAUCCGAUGGACUACAUUAACCUGGAUGAUGAUACACCGAAGAUCAGGCUUGCUGACGGCAAUGUGCAUGAUGAUUGUCGCAUCAUGCUGUGAACUGACAAGAGGGCCACCAUCACCACCAACGUGUCAGAGUUCUGCCACCGUGCACACAUCCGCGAAGGAGACAUCUGCACCUUCCACUUCAAGGUCACCGAAAAUGCCGCCUUGCUCUCACCGUGCAUCGCCUCUAGACGCAUUAUCGACAAUGACAGAAGUCGCGUAUGAAUAUGAUCCAUCCAUGUACGGAGCUUAUGACGUACUGAAUCUUGCUUCUUCUUUUGGAUGUUGCAACAUGGUGCCUUUGAAUAGAUAG